UUGGGUGGCAGGGGGUGUUGAGAUUCGGCGAGAUCACACGAAUAUAAUGUGUUUUAACCCGGCACGUUGAAAAAAAAUUUGCAAAUAUCUUCAAAAAUUAAAAUUUUUAAGUAUUUUUUAUCAUAUAAUUUGAUAAAAUUAAUAGAUCAAUUUAACAACAAUACUAGUGUUUACAUCUAAAGUGCAUUAUCAAGUGAUAUUUAACACGUUAUUUAUUUAUUUGUGUUUUUUGUCGAAAAUUGAGGUUAGGUUUUAAAACGACAUUGGCGGGAGAUUUUUAUUGUAAAUAAAUAAUAUUAACAAUAUUUAAAAAUAAUAUUUAUAAAUAAAUUAAAUUAAUAAAUUAAAAUGGAAAAAAUUGUUGAAUUUUUUAAUUAUAAAUAUUUGAGUAUUGAUGAAAAUUUAUUGAUUAAUUUUGCUCCAAUAUUGGCGACCAUACUUGCCACGAUUGUUGCAUUGAUUAUUAUUAUUCAAAAAUUGAGAUUGAGAUGGCCAACAACAGUGAAUUGUUGGUUUUGUAAUGUAAACACAAAAAUAUGGAGAUCAGAAAAUGACUGGUGGAAGUGUAAAUCAUGUCAUCAGUACAAUGGUUUUUCAAAGGAUGGUGAUUACAAUUAUGACAUACCUGAACAAAGAAAAAAAUCAUUGAAUAAACAAAAUUUUAAAUCAUAUUUUUCAUCUGUAAAAAGUCAGUCAUCAAAUGUCGAUAACAGGACAAAUGGUCUUUGCACAAAAUGCAAUAAUAAUGAGCAAAAAAAAUUAAAUGAAAUGCAAUCAAUUGACACUGAUAAUUGGCGACAAUGUGAUAUUGAUAAUUUAAAAAAAAAUCUAGAAAUUAAAUAUCAAUUGUGUCGUAAAUGUGAUGAAUAUGUACAAAAUUUUUUACAAAAACAAUCAAAAUGGUUGACACAAUAUAAAAUGUUGUUUUUUAAAAAAAAUCCAACUGAUUUGAUUGUUAAACAUUUUGGAAAAUUUGAGUAUUAUGGUAGAUUUUUUUUAACAAUAUUAAGUGCUGCUGUUAUUUAUUAUCAUACACUUCAACCACUUCCAUUGUUUGGUGCAUUGAUACAACUGAUUAUUGUUGCUAAAAGAAUUAAUUCAAAUGGUACAUUUGAUGCAUUGUUGACUCUUGUUUGGCUGGCUAUUUUUGGACUAAUGCCAAUUCAUCAUUUGAAAUUAUACAGGCUUGCUAUUAACAAUUCAUUAUUCACCAUGGAAUAUAUAACUAGUUAUCAAAUUAUUACAAUUUUAUCAACAACUGUUGGAUUUUUCAAUGCAACAUCUAGAACAACGUCAUCAUCAAAUCCAAAUUUAUCUUUUAAAAAAUUAGAUAAUACAAUUGAUGAUUCAUUAAAUUCAACAACUGAAAUUAGUGAUGUUAGUCAAAGAAAUGAUGAUGAAAUUAUUACAAAUCGUCGUUCACCAGUUAACAUAACUCAUCUUUUGACAUCGACAAAUAAUUUACCAGCUCCAGCUCCAAUUAAACCAUCAAUAUCACCAAAUUUGAGAAUAUGUAACAGUCAACAAGGAUCAUCACCAAUAUCAACGACAAUUUAUCCUGAUCAACAUGAUAAAUUUGAUUUACCAUCAAAGAAAACACUGACUGAAAGUAUGAAAAAUUUCAGUAGUUUAUCAUUGAGCAAUCCGAAUAAAAAACAAAUAUUAAAAAGUCCAAAAAUAUUUGAAACAAAACAAUAUGGAACAACAAGUCCAGAUUUAUUUAGAUAUAACAAUAGUUAUAAUAAAUUAUCAGGUAAAAAUUUUAUCCUAGCACCACCAAAAUUCAAGCCAACAUCAUGGGUUGCUGGUGGUUAUUGGCAAAUGGGAAUGAAUCCAUCAACAUUAUCAAGAUCAUCAAGUCAAAGUUCUGGUUUUGGUUCAACUGGAUCAAAUUUUGGACAAUCACGUGAGCCAUCAGUUGUCAAUGACAUUGACAGAUGUUCUGUUCUAUCAGACACAACAGUAUAUUGUCAUUCAACACAAAAUAUUAACUCAACAAAUUCAUCAUGUUGUUCACACUUGUCAUCAUGUAGAAUAUCAAAUCCUAAUAAUUCUUCAACUUGUUUUCUUCAACCACAAACAAUUUGUCAUAAUAAUUAUCAAUAUUCAAAUGACUGGAUUAUUAAUCGUAGCUCAAGUCAAUCAAGUACACAAGAAAUUCCAGUUUGUAGCAAUCAUUCAACAAAUUCUGUAACGACAAAUUCAUCUUGGCUUCCUGCUCUUGUUUGUGGAUCUAUUUUUCUUAACAUUGUUGUUUUUUGCACAGUUCUUAUGCGUUGAUGAUAAUUUAAACAUCACACUAAGAACAAAUUUGUACAUAACAUUUAUAACAUUUAUUUCCUUUUUUUUUUUUAAUGAGACGAAUCUCGCUAACGGGUGAUAAAGAUGUCGAUCUUCAUGUGUGUUCACUAGAAUAUUUAUAUGAUAAUAUUUCAUUUAGGUAAAGUAAUAAUAAUCUACGGGUAAAUAUAAUUAUGAAAAUGAUAAAAAAUUAAA